CCAUGUACAUGUCAGCCACGUGGCUCAUUCUUGAAGCAACACUUGAUACCAUUACUCACCGCCUUCUACCUUGAAACUGAAAAGCCAAAUUCUUUAUGAUCCUUCCACAGAGUAUUCAGUUCAGAGGCCAAGGACUUGAAGGAAUCCUCAUAAGUUGAUCUCAUAAUACAAACAUAAAACAGUACAAGAAGAACACAUUCGACCAAAUUGAAGUAAAAUGUCCGGUGUAUCUCUGGCUACAGCUGCUAGAAGUGAACUUGAUGGUACUACAACUAAACCUGCAAAUCCCAAAGAAAAGCAACAGCAGGCGAUGAUGGGGGGUAUAAUGGGAUCGUUGCGAGUAAUAGAACUCCAACUAGUUGCUUUCAUAAUGGUUUUCUCAGCUAGUGGCCUUGUUCCACUUCUUGAUUUGGUGUUCCCAGCUCUUGCUUCCACUUACAUUUUAAUCCUAGCUCGAUGGGCCUUUCCUACACAUGGCAGAGCCAAUACAGGCUCUCAAGAGAUUUUUCAAGGAACCAAAUUCUUUAGGUUUUAUGUUAUUGUGGGAACAUCAAUAGGCCUGUUCUUGCCACUGGCAUAUGUAUUAGGAGGGUUUGCUAGAGGCGAUGGUUAUGCUGUUCGGUCAGCGACACCUCACUUGUUCUUGCUAUCAUUUCAGAUACUUACUGAGAAUAUAAUAAGUGGGUUGUCAUUGUUCUCGCCUCCAGUGAGAGCAUUAGUGCCAUUGCUUUAUACUGUGAGGAGGAUUUUUGUUCUUAUUGACUGGAUACGUGAUGUGUGGAUUAACAAAACUCUACCAGCUGAUGCACAGAUCAAGGACGUUUCCUGGUAUUGGCUUGGAAGGGGCCUAGCAGCAACCAACUUGUUAUAUUUUUCGAUCAAUCUUUUCGGGUUUUUGAUUCCUCGAUUCCUUCCUCGGGCAUUUGAGAAGUACUUCGAGGAGGAGAGAAAUGAAAUACACUCGAAGAUGGCGGAGGACAAGAGCUCUGCUGCUGCAAAUAAAUCCCAACCAACAGAUAAGAAAGCUAAUUAGUCCAUUGCUCUUUUUUGUAUAAACUUAUAGUAGUUCUUCCACUUAAACCUGUUUUUCUUUAGAAAAACAAUCAUGUGCUGUAUUGUAGUAUAUACGUAGGUUUGUUUUUCUUCCUUCUCUUAUUCCUGAUAUAUGUAUUAUAAUGUUAAAUGACUUUCCUUUUUACUUGCAUAAUUCUUGUUAUAAAAAGUCGAAGAUCGGCACUUGAUCCGAACCGUUCAUAAA